GUGAGCAACAGGACGGAAUUCGCUGAAGAGUUUAGUAGACGACGACGACGCGACACGUGAUGCUGAAGAUGCAAGCAACUUCCCAAACCUCAACUGUCUUGUAAGCAUGGAACGAGUUCCUGCGCUAAACUCCUACCUGUCCACGGGGCAGCAGUACGUUGUACCGCAGACGACUCAGAUCCCGUCUGUAGUAUGUCCGACGGGCAUUAUCAAGUGCAUGUACACGGAAAUGUCGCCAUCCUUGAGUUGAGUCGAGAGGACUUUUCUUGGGCUACCGAAGUGCUCCCGGACGACGAUUUGGAGAUACCCCCUGAACAUAUACCCUCCAUCGACGAGUUUGAGACAGUUCCCAAUGAAACAGAAAAGUGGACGGACGUGGAUUUUGAAGAGUUUAAAAAAGAGAUUGUCAGGGCGGGACCGCCUUGAUCGCCCUUCAGUGGGGUGUGUGGACAUGCAGGACGGUUAAGUAGAUGGUAACGUUAUGAUAAUGGAUGAACUCUGCAGCUCAGCAUCAACAAACGUGUACACGAAUAUAAUACGUAUUCCAUGAUGAACAUCCUUGCA